GAGAAACUUCUCACACGAAUUUGUGUCUUUUUUAUUAAAGUAGAUUUAGGCAACCAAUCAAAUGAACGUUCCGUUACGAUGGUUUUAAAGGCGGCGUAUUUAAAACGUUUAACUAACAAAAAGCUUUUUAUUCUCUUAACGCGACGAUAUUAAAAAAGGAUAAUUUAUAUAUGCAAAGACAUAAGAAUUCUGUUAUUCGAUAAUUAAUAGUCGCAAAUAAUUAAUAAUACAGUCUAGAUUUUUUGUUAGAUCAUUGUACAUAUUUACAAACAAAUAAUUAUCAAACGAAAGGUAUACUCACAUCUAAUAAUUAGUGAAGUUCAUUAAAGUAUAUUCAGUUUGAAAUAGUUCGCCCAUACGGAUUAAAAUAUUCUAAUAAACUUAAUCGCAGUCGAGAAAUUUUUUUAACAUUAUUAAAUAAUGGAUUUUGAUAGCGCUUAUAUAGAUCCUUUAAUAGACGAUUGGUUAGAACAACUUCAUGAAGGUAUAAAAGAACAAGAAAAUAUGGUUAGAGCCGAUGAUGAAUUUUAUAUGCCAUUCGUAGGAAUUCCAGCAUCUGUUAUAAGUGCAAUUUUCAAAAUAACACAUCACCUAGAACUAGGAACAGAUACUAAAUAUUUAACAAUUCAUUUAUACGAUAAAUUUAUGUGCAAUUAUUUUUGGGAAGUAUAUAAAACAGAAAGUAAAAGUGGAGCAACUGAAGCUUCAUGGUCCAAGAUAUGUAAAACUAUUUCUAACAGAUCCAAGUUAUAUCUCAUAUCUUGUCUUCAGUUAGCAAGUAAAGUUGAUUUACAUUCUAAAAGUUUAAGUAUAUCACAGUUAAUAUGUAUCUUACGUUGGAUCGAUAGAAAAAAGGAAUAUACAAAGAAUACGAUUAUUACUUCCGAAUUUAAAGUAUUCAAAACAUUAGGAUUUAAAAUGCCUUUCUGUACUCCGUUACAAUGUAUCGAAGUUCUUCUAGCUGCAACAGGUCUUAGGCAUACAUCAAAUAUAUAUGAAACUUCUAUAAAUUUAUUGGAUUUAGCAUAUUUACAGCACGAACAAUUGUAUUCGCACGUGCAAUGUCUAGCACAAGGUCGUAUUAGCAAAUCCGAAGUUGAUAAAAGAAAUCUUAUGGCUUUGAAAACAAAUUCUUUAUUUCUUGGAGGAUGUAUUAUUUUAUGUGCAACGUUCUUUUUAUAUUUUGAUAAUAAUAUAGCAAAGGGAAUAGCAACUAAAUUAGCAGACUUAGUAGAUACAACUUAUACUGACAUUUGGGAUGUAGCAAAUAUACUUCUUGUUUUAGCAAUACAGGAAUGAAUGUGCAGUGUUAAAUAGAUAUAUGUUUCAAGUUAUAAUUAUAUAUAAAACUUGUCUUAA